AUGGGUAAAUAUGUAAGAAAAACAAAAAGGCAGUGUUGGAGUGAGAGGUCUAUGUCAUCAGCUAUUGAAGCUGUAAGAAAGAAAGAAAUGGGACUUAAAAAAGCAUGCAAGCAGUUCAAUGUACCACGGAGUACUCUGCAAAGAAGGUGUAGACUUAAUUUGAACUUUGUACAAGCCUCAUUAAAAUCACUUGGAUCAGUAAAAUGUGUGUUUUCUAUUAAAAUGGAAAAUGAGCUGGUGACUCAUAUCAAGCAAAUGGAAGCUAUGCUUUUUGGUUUAACACCUCAAGUUUUGCGUAAAGUUGCUUACCAGUUUGCUAAACUUAACAAUCUUCAUAAAAGGUUCAGUUCAAAAAGUGAACAAGCUGGUGCUAAUUGGUUUCGUGGAUUUUUGACUCGACACCCUGAAUUAUCUGUAAGAACACCAGAGCCAACUUCUGCUGCAAGAGCACAGGGCUUUAAUCAAGUUAGUGUCGGAAAGUUUUUUGAUUUAUUGCAAGCAUUGCAGGAAAAGCAUCACUUUUUUCCAGAUCGUGUUUAUAAUGUUGAUGAAACAGGCAUUACUACUGUUCCAAAUAAGCCAUCAAAAGUGGUUGCUAUUCGUGGAAAGAAACAGGUUGGAUGCCUAACUUCUGCUGAGCAUGGGCAGUUGGUUACAGUGGAAAUCUGCAUGAGUGCUUCAGGUAAUUUUGUGCCACCUCUUUUUGUUUUUCCAAGAGUUCACAUGAAAUCUGAACUAAUGGAUGCUGCACCACCCAGUUCAAUUGCUGUUUGUCACCCAUCAGGUUGGAUGCAAAGUGAUAUAUUUGUUACUUGGUUCAUGCACUUUGUAAAAUAUGCUAACCCAAUAAAGCAUGAUCCUGUUUUGCUAAUAUUAGAUGGGCAUAAAACUCAUACUUCAAAUCUAAAAGUAAUUAAUCUAGCUCGUCAAAAUAACGUUAUUUUAUUGUGUCUUCCACCACAUUGUAGCCAUAGACUUCAACCUUUAGAUGUAGCUUUUAUGAAGCCUUUAAUGACCUAUUAUGCAGAAGAGGUUGAAAAUUGGCUGAGAAAUCAUCCUAGACGAGUUGUAACAACUUAUCAAAUAGCCGAACUGUUUAAAAAUAGCUACUUGCGAGCAGCAUCCGCUAUCACUGCUGUUAAUGGUUUUGUUAAGACUGGCAUUUUUCCGAUAAAUCGAAAUGUUUUUACAGACAAUGAUUUUGCCUCAGCACUCGCAACUGAUAUUCCUCUGCAAUUGCUCAAUAAAAAAAUAAUGUUAGAAGAUGUUCCUGGGCAAACAUUAAUCUCGCCACAGCAAAUUCUAGACAUUGCUCAAAAUGAGGAUCUGCUCAUUGAGCUUCAGGCCUCAAAAGUUGUAACACCAGUUGUUAAUCAAGUUCUGACACAAAGUCUCAACUUUUCAGAGCCAGUUGUUCCACUAACAGUAUCAAAUAAAAACCAAUAUUUUCCCUUAACAGAACUUUCUCCUAUUCCAAAGAUUAUUACUCCUCGAAAAAAAAAAUCAUCAGCACAAGGGUUUACUGCUGUUUUGACAAGCAGUCCAUACAAAUAUGCUUUGGAAGAAAAACAAAAUACAAAGACAAUAAAAGUGUUAUUAAAAGAAAACCGAAAGUUAUUAACAGAAAUCAAAAGAGCAAAAGAAAAAAAAAAAUCACAAAGGCCAAAAAAAGACCACGCUUCGUCAAAGAAACUGAUAAAAAUAAAAAACCCAAUAAAAAAAACAAUGUUAUGUGCUUAA